AUGUCUCUACCCGAUGGCGAAUAUGAUUUAGAUGUUUCAAUCCUUACUGAUACUAACUUCAAAUCAAACAAGGAAGAAAAUGUCGCUAUAAAGGAUGGAGUUAUACUGGAGUCGAAGGAGAAUUCAAAAUCAAUACCAAUACAAAUUUAUCAAGAAGAUCUAAAGCCUACUCUGCUGGGAUUGUCGUCAAGGCUGAACAAACAGAUCCUAUCUAAUGGAACUUCUAAGGGACAUGGUUCGGACAAGAGCAUUCAGUUCUAUUUGACAUAUACCAACAAGAACGAGAGGAAAUUGAAACUUAACCGGCUAGUCAGAACCAUCGGCAUCGAUAAAGUUAGAACUGCUUUGGAGCCACUGUCAGAAUUAACAAAGCCUGAAGGGAUAUAUAAACAAGAUAGACAAAAACGGACUUACGAGCUGGUUCUCGAAAAAGACUCCCUGACAUCGCCUCAUAAAAGAAAUCCAGGACCAGCAGUGAAGAGAGUGGGUGCUAGCAGUACCAUGAAGUGGAAUCCCAAAACUGACCCUCUCAGAAGAAGUAGGGUUACAACAAGACGCCCUCAGUCACGAGCGCAACAGCAGAAGGCAACAAUUAGUGAAAGUGACUUCGAAAUAUCAGACAAGAGUGGCAAUUCGUCGCCCAUCAAAAUUUCUUCCUCAAUUCAUGCAGAUGAAAAAGUUGUUGUAUCUGAACAACAAACUAACAGCGUUAUACGAGGGCCAGUUUCCACAACAGAUUUGAAGAAGAGUGACGAGUCAAAAAACACCCCAAAAGAGAAACAACCAGAUAAAGCAAUUCAAGCGGAAGAUUUGGAUGAUGAUUUCAAGGACUUGGAGGAUCAAUUACAGGAAUUAUUAGGUGAAGAAGAAGAGGGGGCCAAUACUAAAAACAGUGACUCAAUAAAUAUGGGAAGCGAUCCUUCAAACGGCAACCGCGAUGAUGAGAGUUCAGGUUCUGAUGCUGAUGAAGGCGAUUACGAGAAUGUAAGAUUUCAAAACAUUCAAUUUGAGAACAACACUCGUCCCAAAAAGCUGAAACGUUUUGCUUUCAUAUCUAAUAAUCAAAAACCCGUAAGUUUGCGAGACUUUGUGGGUAGGGGUAAGACACCGAAAGAUGCAGGUAGUAGCAGUGAAGAGGAGUAG